AUGCUGGAGACUAUACUGGGGGCCCUCCAGAGAACCAUACAGGCGGAUGUGGCCCUACUCCACACGGACAUCACAGGCCUGAUAGGCCUGUGGGAGCAAAUUAUAGCUCAGCUUCAGCUGGACGUCCAAACAUUCAUCAAACGGCAGGCAGCCUACGAUCUUCGGUUCAUCUCUAUAGAAGACUCGAGACGCCGCAAUAAUCUGAAGAUACGGGGAAUCCCAGAAAGCAUACCCACGGCAGAACUCCCACAUCUCGUACGGAGACUUAUGGCUCAACUCCUGGAGCCCGAGCAAUCCAGAAAUAUAGCCCUGGACGGGUUCUUCCGGGUUCUGAAACCCACCAGAGCACCAGAGUCAGCUUCCAGAGACCUGAGAGUGCGAUUUUGUAGUGGAACAGAUAAGGCACUGGUGAUAACAGCAGUAAAAGGGUCUACCUCACUAAAUUUUGAAAACAAGACCCUCUCCUUCUUCACAGACCUAACAGGCGAGACACUUCACUGGCGCAAAACGCUACAACCCCUCACAGCAUUACUUCGCAGCCACGACAUGGAAUAUCACUGGAGAUCACCAAGAGCGUUACAAGUGAAACAGGGAAACGUAGUACACUCCAUCGCGGACAUAUCAGAAGCACCCGCACUCCUCACCAAGUUGGGCCUGACAGGGGACGCCCUACAACUGCCUAGCACCAAUGCCCCAAAGUCUACAACUCAUCAGUGGAAUGCGAAUGCAACCACACCAUUCUACCCGAAGGAACAAGUGCCCACAGCAAUGACUGCGGCUGUAACCUGA